AUGGGCUACAUUAUGGAAAUCUACGUCGAUGGCGGUUGUAGACGUAACGGACUGCCCGGAUCCAUAGGUGCUGCUUCAGCUUGCAUCAAGAACAAAUGGGGCAAGUACAAGUGCUUUACGCGAGAUUUAAAUUCAGCUUCAGCCAGGCCGACGAAUCAGCGUGCUGAAAUCACUGCCAUCAUUCUCGCACUCGAACUUGCCCUGGAGAAAUUCAAGGAGCUAGACUCAUACACAGACUUUCAUCUCGAAAUCUUUUCAGAUUCCAAGUACGCUACCGGGUGCAUGACGGAAUGGAUAUACAAGUGGUGUCGGAACGGCUGGACGAACGCGGCUGGCUAUGAGGUUACGAAUCGGGAUCUUAUCGAGCGGGCGUCUGACCUCGAUGAUCGAGUCAAAGAAGCAGGAAGUGUGACGUAUACUUGGAUACCUAGGGCGGAUAACCAGGUCGCGGAUCAAGCCUGCAAUGAUGCUUUGGAUAGACAGCAGAGAGAAGGUAAUUAUUAUUAUGGUUCUUCGGACGAUGAUUCCGACUGGUAA